CUGCAUGGACGACAGUGAGCUGUGAUGGUGGGCUAAGGACUUGUGACUCUUUCGGAUGGGGCGUGACGCCGCAGUCGGGGCGGGCUCGGCUGGCGGCCUCGCCGCACGGACUGGACAGGAGUAGGCCAGGCCGGUGGCAACCGCGGCGGUGACACGGCACACCGCGGCCGCCCCGCCCCGCUCACCUGCUCGGCCCGGCCCCGCCGCGCCCCACCGACUCGCAGGCAAGAGCCCUCCUCGGGAGCAGCAGCAGCGCAGCGACCUUUCAAGCAGCGUCCCUGUCGCUGAGGGGCGGUGCCCUACUCCGCCCCGCGGCCACCGCCACCGCGGCGGGAUCCCCGCCUCUUUGCAGCCAGCUCCGUUCCGCGAACGGCUGAGGCGUUUUGGCCCGUGCCGGCCGCCCUCUCCCAGGUGCUGUCGCGUUGCCAUGGCGCUUUGCGCUCGGACCGGGCACGCGGCACGGCCUGGCCGGGCCUAGGCGGCAGGGAGCCGCAGCGCGUCCGGCCGCCGACCCUCCCCUGCUCGCCGGCGCUCGCAGGGGACUCUGUUGGCCUGCUGGCAAAUCCCCCGCCGCCUUCUUCCCCGCCGCCUUCGCCUUGCCCCGCCGCUGCUUCCCUCGACCCCGAGGUUCCGGCGGCGGUGGCGGGAGGCGGCGGCGGGCGCCGGCUGGAACAGGCGGCGGCGAAGAUGGCGGGGAAUGGCGGAGGCUUUGCUGGCGCAGGGAGCGGGGAGAUCAUCCAGCUCAAUGUGGGCGGCACCAGGUUCAGCACUUCAAGGCAAACAUUGAUGUGGAUUCCAGACUCCUUUUUUUCCAGUUUACUGAGUGGAAGAAUUUCAACACUGAAGGAUGAAACUGGUGCUAUAUUUAUUGAUCGAGAUCCAGCAGCGUUUGCACCCAUUUUAAAUUUUCUUCGCACAAAGGAACUAGACUUACGGGGAGUCAGUAUUAAUGUUCUCAGGCAUGAAGCUGAAUUCUAUGGAAUCACUCCUUUAGUGAGAAGGUUGCUAUUGUGUGAAGAACUGGAACGCUCAUCUUGUGGCAGUGUCCUUUUUCAUGGCUACCUGCCUCCUCCAGGUAUUCCCAGUCGUAAAAUAAAUAAUACUGGGCCACUGACUGAUGUUAGAACUGGUCAAAACUGCUCUGAGAGUGAGAAUCAUGGAGGUGGUGUUCAACCUACACUUGGUGGUUCUGGGGAAGGUACAGUCAGACUAGGAUUUCCUGUGGACCCCCGGAAAGUCCUGAUAGUAGCUGGCCACCACAAUUGGAUAGUAGCUGCCUAUGCCCAUUUUGCUGUUUGCUACAGAAUUAAAGAAUCAUCUGGAUGGCAGCAGGUAUUCACAAGUCCCUAUCUGGACUGGACAAUUGAGCGAGUGGCUCUCAAUGCAAAGGUGGUCGGGGGACCUCAUGGAGACAAGGACAAGAUGGUUGCAGUUGCCUCGGAGAGUAGCAUAAUCUUGUGGAGCAUUCAGGAUGGUGGCAGUGGCAGUGAAAUUGGAGUGUUCAGUCUCGGAGUCCCUGUAGAUGCACUCUUCUUCAUUGGCAACCAGUUGGUGGCUACAAGCCAUACAGGGAAAGUAGGAGUGUGGAACGCAGUGACUCAGCAUUGGCAGGUUCAGGAUGUUGUUCCUAUCACAAGCUAUGAUACUGCUGGGUCUUUUCUGCUUCUGGGCUGUAACAAUGGCUCUAUCUACUACAUAGACAUGCAGAAGUUCCCACUGCGAAUGAAAGACAAUGAUCUUCUGGUGACAGAACUGUACCACGAUCCCUCCAAUGAUGCCAUAACAGCGCUCAGUGUCUACCUCACACCAAAAACAAGUGUAAGUGGAAACUGGAUUGAGAUUGCAUAUGGCACCAGCUCAGGAGCAGUGAGGGUGAUUGUACAGCACCCUGAAACAGUUGGGUCUGGACCUCAGCUCUUUCAAACCUUCACAGUUCAUCGAAGCCCUGUUACAAAGAUCAUGCUCUCAGAGAAACACCUUGUGUCAGUUUGUGCUGAUAACAACCACGUACGGACAUGGACUGUGACUCGGUUCCGGGGCAUGAUUUCAACUCAGCCAGGCUCAACUCCUCUUGCAUCAUUCAAAAUCUUAUCACUGGAGGAAGCAGAGAGUCAUGGCAGUUACUGUUCUGGAAAUGACAUUGGACCCUUUGGUGAACGUGAUGAUCAGCAAGUGUUUAUCCAAAAAGUUGUUCCCAUCACUAAUAAGCUGUUUGUCAGGCUGUCUUCAACAGGAAAAAGGAUCUGUGAGAUCCAGGCAGUUGACUGCACUACCAUCUCAUCGUUUACUGUGCGAGAAUGUGAGGGAUCCAGCAGAAUGGGCUCCCGGCCACGCCGCUACCUCUUCACUGGGCAUUCAAACGGCAGCAUCCAGAUGUGGGACCUGACUACAGCUAUGGACAUGGUUAAUAAGAGUGAAGACAAAGAUGUUGGCGGCCCCACAGAAGAAGAGCUACUCAAGUUGCUUGACCAGUGUGACUUGAGUACAUCUCGCUGUGCCACACCCAACAUCAGUCCUGCAACCUCAGUUGUUCAGCCAAACCGGCUCCGGGAAUCUAAUUCCAGUCUCCAGUUGCAGCACCACGAAACCAUCCACGAAGCAGCCACAUAUGGUUCUGUGCGUCCCUACAGAGAAAGCCCCCUGUUGGCAAGAGCCAGGCGGACGGAGAGCUUCCACAGCUAUCGGGACUUCCAAGCUUUUAACUUACCCAGCAAAAGCCCGACAGAAAAGGCAGCUGCUGCAAAUGGGAAUUCAAGCCAGACAGAGGCCAGGAAGGCGACAGCUGAGGGCAGUGCAGUGGAGAGGAAGGCAGUCCUGACAACUGCAGUUGAAGUACGAGGCACAGGUGUGACAGAUGCAGGUGGGUGUUGCAGUACAGAGGUUCACCGUCUGCCAGAAAGUUCUCUGGAUCUCAAAAGAAGAGGACCAGAAGAGGAGAGUGAAGCCAAAGCAGAAAGCAAAAAGAAAAUGGGGUUUGAAGGAGCUGGCUUCCUGGGAAGGAAGAAAGUGCCGCUCCUGGCCUCUGCACCAGUCCUUGCUGAAGGUGUGCCUGAAUUACCUGGUGCGGCUUCUCCGUCACCUACAAAGACAGCUGCUUCACCACGUCACCGGAAGAAUGACUCAUCCUGUCAAGACUAUGGCUUGUGAAAAUGUGACUGGUGGAAAAGAGGAGAGGCAGGUGCCCUCUGGCUGGUAGCAGGCAUAACAUUAGGUGUUGUGGGUUGUUUCUUGACUGGGACUUUGGUCUGAUAGCUGGAAUGAAAGUAUGAGAAAGUACCUGGCUUCUGCCAAAUCUUUGAAGAGUCGUCCACACCAGCAUGUGGCUUCAUGUCAUGCUCCAAACUAGUAUGGUACUUGGUCCAAAAAUACUCUUGUGCAUUCUUGCGUAAACGUGGUCAGGCAUGUGAUAUGUUGUGGUUAUUUCUGUUCUGGGAGAAGGGAGGGUGUGAAAGGAAUACCUGGUUGCUCAGUGGGAGAUGCCCUUCCCACACACUGCUCUGCAGAGCUGCUGCCGUCUCAGCUGGAUUUUGCCUAAUUCACAGGGCUGCCUCUGUUGUGUUUUAUGAAUGGGAUCCUUGCUCUUUAUGCUGCUGUCUCAAAUCUGAACUGUUUUGUGCAGGUGAAGGAGGAAGCUAUUCAAAACAGCGUAUUACUUUGCCUCUUAGUCCAAAUAAAUUGCCAGAGGAGUGGUGCUUGUGCUUUGUGAAACUGUGGUAUCAGCUGGUGGCUUUUGCUGAUCGUGACUGAGAGCAUGCAUAAAAAUAUGCUUGGCAGAACACUCAGAACUGGCAGUCUCUUGAAGGCUUCCUUGUCGCUCUCUAUGGAAAAAGGACAGAGAAGAAUAUGGGAGUAGGUUUAUUGUCAUGGUGUAAUAAUUCUCAAUUACAAGUGCCUCGACACGAUGCUGCCUACCUGUGUUUCACUGGCUGCUUGUUGUUUGCUCUUUGUUUCACCACCCUUAGUAAACUAAUUUUAUUGCCUGUAGAUUAGAAAUACAUAAACAAAAAGGCUCUGACAGCAAGUGUUUAAUAGGGAGUGGGCUGGGAGAUGUUCUGCCUCUGAGAAAGCAUGUUUGGGGUUACGCAUUAAUUAACAGCACCUUUUUUUGGGGGUGUUGGUUGGUUUCUUUUGAUUUUCUUUCAGAUUUGAGCUAAGAGAGUGGGAAGGAAGGAGGGAGAGGCACAGAGGUUGAAGCACUCCAUGAGCAUUCCUUAAUUUCAUUUAAUGUUUAUUCACUUGUGCAUGAACACAGUUUUGUGGUGGAACUUUGUGAGGCUGGGCAAAGAUGCGGCUGUCUUGCCAUAAAGGCCCGUUUUAGCCACAGGCUGCAUUUUUGAACAGGCAAAAGACUCUUCCUUAGCUAACACGCUGUCCUCCCUCCUACUCCCACAAUCCUCCUCAGCUGUGAAAGUUGGAUCAGAGACAACCAUGAGCCUCUCUACCUUCACAGUCUUCUGCUACUGUCUGACUUUGGUAUUGUCAGACUGUUAUUUUACCUUUCUGAGGUGUCACUGCUACCACAAUUUUUACAAUGCAGUUUAAGAGCGGAUGGAAGCAAAGGCAGCUUACCCCCUUCCCUGACAAAACAGUUCCAUCUUUUACCUAGUGGGCAUGGGGUAGGGAAACAGCAGUCCUAUCUCCUCCCCCAUUAUCCAUGCUGGCUGCUUUUGGCAAGUUACCCACUUUCCAUUUUCCGGAGAAGGUGGUUGUGCUCUUCAGAGGUGGGUGUCAGUGAACGUGGUGUGCUCCUUGGUGACAGUGCUGAAGCCUUUGAUGACAUUGACAAAGUCGUCUUCAUCUACAUACUGUAAGAGGGUGGGGUGAAAGAAAACAUGUUAGAUGAAGCUGUAUCACACUGAAGGAGAUCCUGUUGCUUCAUUUCUUUGUCCUCAUCCCCUAUAAAGUGGUUCUGAAAUAGA